AGGAGACACGGAACGCUUUUUGCUCGGUCCUGCCUCCAUGAAAAUCGACAGAAUCACUCAAAGUGAGCGACGAAAACGAGACUCUUUCGAGAUAUGUACAUCGAGCACAUCAUCCUGUUAGGUUUUCUGGGCUUCCUAUUGAUCCCAUCAUUCGCCGGCGAAACCCAAACUUGUCUGGCUGUUUACAAGGAAGGCGGCGCCCCGGCAGUCUUCCAGUCGCCAAAGUGCCCCCGGUGGACUCUUCCCGCCGAUGCUCCUGGCGGUCCUCCCACCAACUGCCAGAUCGCUGUUCGCCAGGGGAGGCGCAGGUCUCAGGAAGACCGAGCCGUCUGUGUCUUAGAUAUAAGGAUCCCAUUCUUAGGGAGAAAAGGAAUCAAGGAGAAACUAGUUGGCAUUGUGGCUGUGUUUGAUGGUCAUAAUGGUGCCGAAGCCAGCGAUUUGGCUUCCAAACUUCUAGUGGAGUAUUUUUCACUACAUGUGUAUUUUGUCCUUGAUGGGAUAUAUUCUGCAAUACUUAAGAAGGCUUCUGAGAAAUUGACAUACAAUGAAGAGCAAGAUGUGAUUGUCCAAGUGCUUGAAUCGGCCAAAGACGAAAGUUGGCUAAAGUGGGGUCAAAAAAGGUCAGAGUGGUCAUCUACUAUUUUCGAAGAAUCUUUUCAUUUGGAAAUUCUCAAAGAAUCACUGCUGAGGACAAUUCAUGACAUUGAUGUGACAUUUUCUAAGGAAGCUUUAAAACUUAACCUUCAUUCUGGCUCAACUGCAACCAUUGUUCUUAUAGCAGAUGGCCAUAUUUUGGCUGCCAAUGUUGGUGAUUCGAAGGCCUUUUUGUGUUCAGAAAGUUUGGAUCCUUAUUUUGAAAAAGCCAGUAAAUCAAAGUUAAAGAGGCGCAGGAGACAUGAAGCAGUUAUUUCUCCAGUAAAUGUAUAUGAAGGGUCUAAAAUGACAAAUUAUAAUGCAGUAGGAUAUUAUGCUAAGGAGCUUACAAGAGAUCAUCACCUUGCCCGAGAUGAUGAAAGAAAUCGUGUGGAAGCUGCUGGUGGAUUUGUUGUGGAGUGGGCUGGAGUUCUUCGGGUCAAUGGUGAGCUAGCCUUGUCCCGAGCAAUUGGAGAUGUGCCUUUCAAGAGAUACGGUGUCAUAUCCAUUCCCGAGGUGACAGAUUGGCAAUAUGUAAGUGAAAAUGAUAGUUUUCUGGUCACCGCAUCUGAUGGAAUCUUUGAAAAAAUGACCACUCAAGAAGUCUGUAAGGUUUUAUGGGAUGAGAACUUAAGAUCCAGUACUAAACCUUGGUGUGUACAUGCUUUAUCACAUUCUUGUGCUGAUUCAAUUAUAAAUAAUGCUUUUGAAAGAGGAAGCAUGGACAAUCUGGCAGCUGUUGUUGUUCCACUAAGAUCUGGUGGUGUUUCUGAGGCCUUCUUUCAAGAUCAGCUUGAUGUAGCUGAUUUGUCAUCCUUUGGGUUACAAAAGGUCGUCAACCAACAAGGUGGUUAUCAAGUGAAUAAUGGAGUUGGUACAAGUAUUCUUUCUUCAAAUUAUUAUAAGAGCAUGAUUUCAAAGUUUGAUCGGCUGAUGAUUGAAGCUAGAAACAAGACUUUUGGAUGCUUCUAUUUAUCUGAAAAUCUCAAUAAUGACAUGGAAUAUGUUUUUCAAUCCCCUAAGACUGUCAGAGAGAGUGCUUUUAGCGAUUUUGAUCACACAUUGCUGGAGCCUAUUGAGUCUUAUUCUAGUGGGGGAUCUCUAGAUUUAUACAAUGACCAUAAAAUCUGCUGGCACUUUGGGAUUCAUGAAGGAGAUAAAGGCCAAUGCAAUAGUCCUGAGUUUUUCACGAGUUUUCUUGGGCUUCUUGAUUCUGUCUCGGACAAUGACACUAAAUCUAACCAUACAAAGUCGUUUGGUCAUAGAAUACCUGAUCUAAGGUACAAACUGAAGAGAAGGUUUGACCGGGGUUCAUAUGGUGAAGUUUGGUUGGCAUUUCGUUGGAAUUGUUAUAAUGAACAUGAUGCAUCCCAUUCUUUGCAUAGUGGUCAGGCUGAUUCUUUGGGCAGCCGAAGGCUUACUACGUAUUUGUAUGAUGUAAGCUCAUCUGUGAGCCCUCUCAAUGAAUCCUGCAAUAGUAACUCGAGUGAUGGAGAUUCAUUCAUUUUGAAACGUAUAAUGGUAAGCAACUGCUUGGGUUUGCCUGAUCAUAUGGUUUUCCCUGCGAUUGCUUUGGUUUGUGACGCUGGGCUUCCUAAGCCAGUGUUUUUGGCCUUUGAUGGUUUGAAGGAAGUGGAUCCUCAUCUCUCUAUUUCUGAUUAUCCCGUGCAAGAGGCUGAUGAUUCUCUAGCUGUUAUUGGGAAGGAUCCUUUGUGUUAUACUCCAACUUUCUCUCCUAUUUUGGAAGUGGUUAACAUGGAAUUGUGUUGUGUUAACACAAUGGUGGUAAAUGAUUCAUUGAGUGAAAUGCCUGAUGUUGCUGUUGAACCUGCUAUACCCUCUUCUUCUUUUAUAAUUUCUGAUGGCAUGGUUGAGAUCCCUGUUUCUAUUAUUUCUAAUGAGGAUUUAAAAGCUCAAUUGGAUAUGUCUUUGCAUGAUUCUUGUGUGAACCAGUCAGAUUGGCUUGAAGACCACUUAUCCCCGCUUGGUUAG